GGUGGCUAUUAAGUGAGCUUCUUUACCUGGUUUAGUUUUGUUAAAAGUUACUGAGUUGAGCCUUUUCUUUUUAUAAUUUUCUUCCAUAACCAGAGCAUGAAGAAAGUCGGAGGCUUGAGGCAUGGAAUCCGACGAGUUUGAAGAUUGUAAUGAUCUAUAAUCUUUGAAACUUAUUGGGUCGUGUGAAGUUUGAGUUUUAGAAGUUAAUUUUAGAGUGAGUUUGAAACUGGGUUUAGUUUUUUUAUUUUGUUUUUAGUGUUUGAUCGUUUAGGUUUGUAAUUUGAUCGAAAUGGAAGUCUUACUGGAAAGUUUUAUUGAGGGAGUGUAGGAAUAAUAAUGAGGAAUUAGAUUGGUUAGAGUUAGUGAAAGUGCAAAGUGGAGUUACUGGAAAUGGGUUGGUUACUGCUAUGUUCAACGGGGCCACCAAUAAAGCGAAGAGCUGGGUUAAGGAUAAAACAGGCGGGACGAGGUUCAUAUCGUGCUAGCUAGGGAAGAUUUUAGUGGUAAUUUUUGAGUAAAUAGCUUUUAUGUGUUAGAAAUAUUUGUGUUUUUCUCUGGAGUUUAUCAGAUGGGGACUACUGCUUUGAGGCAAUUAUUCAAGACUUUUUGCACCAAUUUAUCUUGGAAUUAUGCUGUAUUUUGGAAGCUCAGCCAUCAGGCCCAAAUGGUCUUGAGCUGGGAAGAUGGGUUUUUUGAUUUCCCGAAACCUGUAAAAGUGCUGUCAGAAGACAUUUACUGUACCGGUACUGAUGAAAUAAUUUCUUCACACUGUGAAACAAGUGUACAAGAUGGUGAUUAUGGGGGAUAUUCAAUUGGGUUAGCUGUGGCUAGCAUGUCAACUCUUCAUUAUACGUUGGGAGAGGGGGUUGUUGGAAAAGUGGCAAAUACAGGGAAUCAUCUUUGGUUUUCUAAUGAUAAUGUUUCUAGUAGCAAAAUCAAUUCUAAUUUAGUUCCAAAGUGCCCUGAAGAAUGGCUGCCUCAGUUGGCAUCAGGUAUCAAGACUAUUUUGCUGGUACCUGUACUUCCGCAUGGAGUUCUGCAGCUUGGCUCUUUAAAAAUGGUCGUGGAAGAUCAGUCAUUGGUUGCAUAUAUCAAAGAUAGAUUCAUGUUUCACAAUACUGGGAGGAAUAUUAUACCUUCCACCUUAGGUAGAGAUAUCCAAACUCAAUCAUCAUCAGCCCUAGUGUCCGGUAUCGUCGAUAGCUUAGAUAAACCAUCAGAUUCUACCUUUUGCCCAGCUAAAUCUGAAGGUUCUGAUACUGUUGAAAUUGGUGAGCCAAAUAAAGAUUUACUGUCAACUUUUGAUCAAUUUGUGCCACUUUUAAAUUUUCACGAUGCACUGCAAGUAUCUGAGGACCUAUCAGGAACUUUCAUAAGUGAGACCAAGCCACUGGUUGGAUUCAAUAAAGAAUCAGAAUCCUCGGGUUAUUGUAUUGAUGCAGGUGAGAUAGAGUUAGCAGAGAGUAAGUUGUUUGGACUGUCUUGUCUGGAAGAAGAAUUACAGUUGUAUUCUUCAUACAAUAAAUACGAUGAGGAAGUGUUUGGAGAAUUGUAUAGUUAUAGUGGAGCUCUGAAUUCUUAUACUGCUGGAGAUACAAUGGAACAGCUAUUUGAAAACGAGAUCCUAAACAAUACGAUUAACAACAGUUUGGCUGAUUUCCUUAGCUUCCCCGAGGAUUGUGAGUUACACAAAGCGCUUGGACCAACUUUUGAGAGACAUACCAAUGAAUAUUUGUGGAACUCAUCUUCCUCAGUGCAUAAUUCAUGUAGCAGCUCAAGUUUGGUCUCCAAUGGGAAUCUCUCUGAUGGAUUUGAGCCAUCCUGUUUUGCUAAAGAAGGUGAUACAGAAUAUCUCUUGGACGCUGUCGUUGCCAACGUAUGUGGGGAUCUAGAUAAUACUUCUGAUGUAAGUAAUAGCAUCAAUUCGUCUUUAACUUCAUUGGGGCAAUUUGUUUCUUCAUUGCAACCACAAAGUGAGUAUGAGGCAAGUGUGUUGAUUGGGGAUGAUUUGGUCUCCCGGAGGCAUUUCACAUCCUCAUGUAAUGCUGGAGAGAGGAAUGAAUCCUCUCCAACUUCAACAACUAUCAAGAGUACAAUGAGCACAGUUAUUGACAAAGAAAAGCUGGAAAAAGAUUCCAAGUUCAUGCAGCCUGAGAAGGAAUCACAGCCAUCCACUGUUAACCAAAAAAGGGCUAAGCCAGGUAGUAACCAAAGACCAAGACCUAGGGAUAGGCAGCUGAUCCAGGACCGGCUGAAGGAACUGCGGGACCUUGUUCCAGAUGGCUUGAAGUGUAGCAUAGAUGGCCUCUUAGAUCGAACCAUAAAGCAUAUGCUGUACUUGAGAAGUGUGACCGACCAGGCUGAGAAGUUGAGACAAUGGGUGUAUAAUGAGAGGGGUGUCCGCAAGAAUUUAAGAUCUUCUGAAGCUUCAGAUGGAAACCAAAAUGGGACAACUUGGGCCUUUGAAUUGGGAAACGAAUUUUUGGUGUUCCCCAUAGUUGUUGAAGAUCUUGCAUGCCCAGGACAAAUGCUUAUAGAGAUGCUAUGCGAUGAGCAUUAUCUGUUUCUUGAGAUUGCUCAGGUGAUUCGAAGCUCUCAAUUAACCAUCCUGAAGGGUGUCAUGGAAAACCGAUCAAACAACACAUGGGCUCAUUUCAUUGUUGAGGCGUCUAAGGGAUUUCACAGGAUGGACAUUUUCUGGCCUCUCAUGCAGCUCAUGCAGCGCAAAACUAAUUCCAUCUCAAGCAAAAUUUGACCUGCUAGUGCUACACUUAGAUAGCUGUUCUAAAUAAUCUUAUUUCAAUUCACAAACAUCUUUGGAUCGCUAAGUUUUAGAGUGAAGAAAGUAAUGAACACCUAUCUUGUUGAUAGAGUUUUAUCAUGUAUAGAGAGUCAUCAAAUUUCCACUGCA